GCAGUGUAACGCGAGCGCGAAUAGUGGAAAAACGCAUGUGUUACAUGCGUGAAAACCUUUAACGCGUUAUUGAAAUUUUUCUUCUAACUAAUGGUGGAAGCUACUGUGUGUCAAACUGCGAGAGCAUGGCGACUUUGAAAAAGCCAAGAUGCCAUAGAGGAAGAGGCAGAAGUAGAUGAUUGGCAUCUACCGUUGGCCUUUGUACAGAAGAGAAAUCUGGAGGCAAUAAAAGGGUUGGAAGUUGAAACUGAGAAAUGGAGGAUGAAGGAAAGAAUGAAAACGGUCAGCGUGGCAUUGGUACUGUGCCUCAAUGUUGGCGUAGAUCCUCCAGAUAUUGUGAAAACGCAACCAUGUGCAAGACUAGAGUGCUGGAUAGAUCCGCUAUCGCAGCCUGCACAGAAGGCAUUAGAGAUGAUCGGUGCGAAGCUGCUGGGACAAUACGAGCGAUGGCAGUCACGCGCACGCUACAAGCAGUGCCUCGAUCCGACGGUGGAGGAGGUGAAGAAGCUGUGCACGUCACUGAGGAGAAACGCGAAGGAAGAACGUGUGUUGUUCCAUUACAAUGGACACGGAGUGCCAAGACCAACCGUUAAUGGCGAGAUCUGGGUUUUCAACAAGAGUUUCACACAGUACAUCCCCCUCUCGGUGUACGAUCUGCAGCAGUGGAUGGGCACGCCGUCGAUCUACGUCUACGACUGCUCGUGCGCGGGCAUCAUCGUCGAGUCGUUCAAGCAGUUUGCGCUGCAGCGUGAGCAGGAGCUUGAGCUGGCGUCGAUGAAUGGCCGAGGUACCGGCGCGAUCCCGCCGCAGCAGUCAUAUAAGAACUGCAUCCAGCUCGCCGCUUGCGGCAGCAAGGAGAUACUACCGAUGAACCCUGACCUCCCGGCCGACCUCUUCACUUCCUGUCUGACGACGCCCAUCAGAAUCGCGCUGCGCUGGUUUGUGCUUCAGAAUGCAGGCAAACUAGUACCAAAUAUAUCUCUGGAGUUGAUUGACAAAAUUCCAGGUCAGUUGAACGACCGACGCACGAUGCUCGGUGAACUCAACUGGAUUUUUACCGCCAUCACCGACACGAUCGCAUGGAACACAUUGCCGCGAGACUUGUUUCAGAAGUUAUUCCGACAGGAUCUUGUCGUCGCUAGCUUGUUUCGCAACUUUCUAUUGGCCGAGCGAAUCAUGAGGUCGUACGACUGCACUCCGAUAUCUAGUCCCAACCUUCCGUCGACUCACCAGCAUCCCAUGUGGCAGGCGUGGGACCUGGCGCUGGAUAUAUGUCUGUCGCAGCUACCAGUGAUCUUGAACGAGGGCGAGACGUAUCGACACAGUCUGUUCUUUGCCGAGCAGCUGACCGCCUUCCAGGUGUGGCUGUCGUUUGGCUCGCAGACAAGAAGCCCUCCCGAGCAGCUUCCCAUCGUUCUCCAGGUGCUAUUGAGUCAGGUGCACAGGUUGCGUGCACUGGAACUGUUGGGCAGGUUUCUGGACCUUGGGCCAUGGGCAGUUAGCUUGGCGUUGUCAGUCGGUAUCUUUCCCUAUGUGCUGAAGCUUCUGCAGAGCUCGGCAAGAGAGCUGCGCCCUCUACUGGUGUUUAUCUGGGCGAAAAUCCUCGCCGUGGAUAGCACGUGUCAGACUGAUUUAGUCAAGGAUAAUGGUCACAAAUAUUUCCUAUCUGUCUUGGCAGAUCCCUGCAUGCCAGUAAGCAUAACUAGUUACAUGAUCCUAUCAGUCAUUAGCACGACCACGCAGGCGACGGCAGGUGGCAGCACGUGCGGCAGCUGCGGCUCGGACGGCUCACUCGUCGACCAUGGCUUCUCGAACCUGCGGCACGCCGUCUCGACGUCUGCGCUCAGCAGCAUCGGCGGUCUCCAUGGCAACGUCUACCAGAACAUGUGGCGCGCGAUCCUGCAGCUGCUCUGCGAUCCGUAUCCGGAGGUGACCGAGUUGACGGCGACGCUUGUCACGCACGUUCACGAUAAGGCUGCUAUGGCGACACAGCACGUGCGGUGCCGGUCGGUCGCGGCGGCGCUGUCGGCGCCCAGCAGCCCGAUAAACCGGCUCGAGGGUGGCGGCGGCACGCCUCCGCCGUUCGCGUCGCACAGCCCGCCGGCGGACGCCGCGCGCCCGAUGUUCCAAAUCGGAGAGGGCUCGAGUCCGAAGAAUCUGCCCGCCGCGCCCCUGUCCGCUUUCGCCGUUCACUCAGCGCACUUCUCCCGCACGCGAAAGCUGUUCGAUACGGGGCCCGAAGUGAUAAAGGAAGACUGCAUAUCCGAAGAUGGCACCCCACUCAAGAAGGAGCCGGUGAUAGCGACAGAGUUUGUCGCCUGGAGCUGUCGUCAUUUCAGUCAGUCAUUAAUGAAGCUUCCGGACGAGCAGGACCCGCAGAGUGAGCGGCACCAGCAGCGCGAGUGGCGCUACGAGCGCAACGAGGUGAUGCGCGCCGAUGCGCUCAACAAGUGUGGCGCGGCGAUGCUGCAUCGCCUCGACGACCAGCGCUUCAUCAACAAGAACCCGAACGUGCCGACGUGCGUGCGCUUCCACCCGUACGAACCGCUCGUCUGCGUUGCCGACAAGGACGGCAUCAGUACGUGGAACUGGGAACAGGGCAUCAAGAAGAACUACUUCUACAACAAGAAUCCGAAGUUCACACAGAUCUCAACGAUGGAAAUCAUCAACGGACAUGACAGCACACUACUGCUCACUGGCACAGAUGACGGUGCCGUGAGAGUGUGGAAGAACUACUGCACAGAGAACAAUACUGGCUUGCAUCUAGUCACGGCCUGGCAAGCACUGUCAGACAUGCUGCCCUCCACGCGAGUGUUUGGAGCGAGACACACGGGGUCGGGGAUGGUGACGGCAUGGGAGCAGGAGACUAACUACCUGUACGCCUCCGGUGAUGUGCGCGUCAUUCGAAUAUACGACUCUCAGAAGGAGAUGAAGGCGCAGGACAUACCGACGCAGGCAAACAGCUGCAUUACGAGUAUCACCUGUGAUAGUUCCAACCGCUCGCUGCUCGUCGCUGGCUGCGGGGACGGGCUGGUGCGCCUCUACGACAGACGCCUACCUCCGACAGACAGUCUGGUGUUGACACUGAGGGAGCACAGCGGCUGGGUGGUCAGCGUUCACCUUCAGCGGCGAGGCGACGGCAAGAUCAUCAGCAGCAGCGUUGGCGGCGACGUCAAAAUCUGGGAUCCGCGCUUCUCCGAGUCUGUGAUGACGAUACGUGCGGCGCAGGGUCUCACGGCAAUGGACAUGCACGCACACGCCGACGUCAUGGCAUGUGGGUCUGUCAAUCAGAACAUCAGCAUUUACAACAUGAUGGGAGACUGCUUGAGCACAAUCAAAUAUCACGACGGCUUCAUGGGGCAGCGCAUAGGACCGAUCAGGUGUCUGAGCUUCCACCCAUAUAAGCUGAACCUAGCAGCAGGAUACACCGACUACUUCAUCUCCGUCUACGCCGCCGACAAGAAGAGAUAGCAGCGGUCACUGCGAGCGUGUGAGCGCCACCUGCCGGUGGAAAUCCGCGGUUCGUGCAGCGCCGAGUCGUGUCGCGUGCAGGAUUCGCGACGACCGGUGCCUGCAGUCCGUGCGGCGACGAGGUAUUACGCGCGGCGAGCUGCGCAGACGAGAGCGCGCGUGAGUGGUUUUAGAUUGACGGCGGACGAUUCCCCGGAUUCGUUGCGUGUGGUCGACUAUGUUUAGUUGUCCCGGUAAUGCAGCGCACGCUCUCGUCUGAUGCGGGGUCCGGCUAGAAGUCAUCACUUUGAACGGAGAAGGCCUAUAAUGAUCGCCGACCUCGUGUGAUGCGAGCGUGUGAUAAUGAUGACACAGAGCAAGAUGCGUGUGGUGAGAGAUCGUGUGAGGAAGAACCCUGGUCGUUACUUUCCUCCCCGUGACAGAGGUGGCAGUAGCCCUACGUGCAUGUACUUUGCAUCCACGCACGCAGGCGGGGAGGAAUGACGUGCAAUCGCGAACCUUUUUUUUUCUGCGUGUACUGAACUGCGAUAUAUCUGGAUAAUCAGGAUGCGUGCUUCGCUUGCACAUUCUAGGCUAAUGCUCGAUAUUUGCUCUGCACGUGUCGUGCGUGCUUGCAACUUUCCGAUGGUUGCACUGAAGUGAUGAAAAUGCUUGUUAUUCUUACAUAAAGCACGAUCACUUAUGCAGUAGAGGUAGUAAUUCGAAUUAGAGCUUGUGAUCUUGUCGUAUUGCAUAUGUUGGUGGGGCUAUCUAGAUCUACUUAUCCACCUACCUACCUACCUACCUACCUAUCUGUCUAUCUGUCUAUCUAGCUGUCUAUCCGUCUGCAUGUCUCUGUCUGUAGGCCCGUCUGUCUGUCUCUGUCUGUAUAUC